AUGUCCCCCUCCCUCGAAUCAACCGCUUCUCUCCCCAGCUCUCCUGAAUCACACGGAAAUUUUGACCUCGUCAGACGCGUCAAGCUAGACUUCACGGAUACCAUCAUCACCAAAUGGCGCAGCAGAGUCACUGGCCUCAGUGUUGUGCACAUAAGCUACGACGCUCCCAUUGUAAACGGCUAUCUUGCCGUUGCCACCGAGAUAUUCGAUGAUACCGGAUGCCCGCAUACCCUAGAACAUCUCGUAUUCAUGGGAUCCGAGAAGUACCCGUACAAAGGCAUCAUCGACCACUUUGCGAACCGCGGCUUCUCGAGCGGAACGAACGCCUGGACAGAUACCGACCACACAGCCUACACCGUCUCCACCGCCGGCGAAACCGGCUUCCUACAGAUACUGCCCAUCUAUUUCGACCAUGUCCUCUACCCCACGAUCACAAAAGCCGGAUUUGUCACAGAAGUACACCAUAUCAAUGGGGAUGGCGAGGAUGCUGGCGUCGUCUACAGUGAAAUGCAAGGCCGCGAGAGCAGUGCCGGAGACAUCAUGGCUUUGGAGCUACAGCGUCUGGUCAAUCCUCCAGACAGCGCGUACCGAAGCGAAACGGGUGGUCUCAAGUCAGCCCUUCGAAAACUGACCGUCGAGCAAAUCAGGGCGUAUCACGCGAAAUACUACGUCCCACACAACCUCACUUUGAUCGUCGCCGGCAGACUCCCCAGUGGCACGGAGACCCUUCUCUCCGUCAUCGACAAGCAGGUCGAGCCUUCAAUCAUCGCUCACGGACAAGCCAAGGGGCCUUCUCCUGAGGGAUGGAAGCGCCCGUUCUUGGAGACUCCUUCAGUCCGUCGUUCCCCGCUCAAGGAGACGAUCAAGAAGACGAUCGAGUUCCCUUCGAGCGACGAGUCCAACGGUGAACUUAUGAUCGGUUUCCUCGGCCCUCACAUGGACGACUUUUUGGACUCGCAGGCUCUUGACGUCAUGGGCUCUUACUUGUCCGGGUCGACGACUGCGCCGCUGAUCAAAGAAUUCGUCGAGAUCGACCCCCCGCUUUGCUCUUAUAUUUACUUUGGAGAAGAUACGAGGGCGACGUUCUCCGAUCUCACCAUAUAUAUCGGAGACAUCGCCACCGCGAACCUGGACACGUUCGACCAGAGAAUCAUGGACAGCUUCAAACGUAUCGCUAGCGAAGGUAUCGAGAUGGACCGUAUGUCCCGAGUCCUCAACAGAGAGCAGCGCCAGCUUCUCAAUAAACUGGAGGCCGACGGCGGCGAUGCCUUCUCGGGGGCCUUGAUUUCUGAGGCCCUCUAUGGCAGACGCGACGGAUCGCAGAUUGAGGAGGCACUCGACGAGCUCAAGCAACUUGCCAAGCUGCGCACAUGGACGAACGAGCAAUGGACAGCCCUUUUGAAAAAGUAUUAUAUCGAUGCGCACUCUGUCGUCGUCCGAGGAAAGCCAUCCGCCAAGUUGUCUGAGAAGCUGGCUGAGAAGGAGAAAGCACGCUUGGAGAAGCGGAAGGCGCGCCUUGGGCCCGACGGUCUCGCCAAGGCUGCGCAGGAGCUGCGGGACGCGUUGGCUGAACAUGAGAAGCCUAUCCCGAAGGAAAUCAUCACCGCGUUCCCUGUGCCCGACGUGAAGAGCAUCGCGUGGAUCCCGGUCGAGAGCGCUCAAGAGCCAGGCAUCGGACGGACUUCUCGGGUGCCUUUGCCUGAGACAGACCUCGCGCGCCAUGUUGCGAGGGAUGGGGAGGAGCUUCCGUUCUUCGUCCAGUACGAUCACGUCAAGUCUGACUUCAUCAGCAUCAACGCACACUUCUCUCUUGCCAAGCUCCCCAACCAUCUCAGACCGUACCUGUCGACGUACAUUCAAUCGUUCUUCUCGCUACCCGUCUCCCGCCACAACGGCGAAUACCUCACACACGAGGAGGUCGUGGACAAGCUCGAGGAUGAGACUGUCUCUCAUGAAAUUGGGCUGGGCACAUCAGGCCUGUUCCCCGAGCUGAUCCGCGUAAGCCUCCAGGUGGAGGUGGCGAAGUACGAGGAGGCGGUCGCGUGGGUGAAAGACCUCGUGUAUGGGAGCGUGUUCGCUCGGGACAGGCAAGCGCUGCAGAUCAACGUCGCGCAGAUCCAGCAGUCGCUCCCUGCGAUGAAGCGGAGCGGCAGCACUGUGCUCUCCGCGAUGACCAUGGAAGUGCUCAUGACCGAGUCUUCAUCGAACCGGGCGGGCGGGGUGCUCCAGCAGGGGCACUUCCUCCCCAUCCUCGCGAAGCAGCUGAUGGACGCGCCGGAGGAGGCCAUUCAAGCGUUCGAGGAGAUCAGAAAAUACCUGACGGAUCCGACUGGCAUUCGCAUGUCCGUGGCCGGUAACGUCAAGGAUAUUCCCAACCCAAGAGCACCGUGGGCCAAGUACUUUGCGGACGUUCUCCCCGUGUCACAACUGGCGCCCGUCCCGAUGGCCUCUGAAAACCUCAGCGAGAUCGGCAGGAACCCGACGAAGAAGGCCAUCAUCGUUGAGCUCUCGACCAUCGAGAGCACGUUCUCGGCGCACAUCGCAAAGGGCAUUCAGGGCUUCGCCCAUCCCGAUUACCCAGCUUACAGGAUCACGAUGGAGCUGCUCAACGCUACCGAGAGCUAUCUUUGGCGGGCUAUCCGGGGAUCUGGGCUGGCAUAUGGUGCGUACCUCGGCGCCGACACCGAGGUGGGGACGAUCAGCUUUAUGCUCUACCGGACCUCGAACAGCAUCAAGGGGUAUGAGGAGGGCGCGGCUGUCGUCCGGGGUUUGGUCGACGGCUCAGUAGAGCUGGACCAAACAGUAUUGGAUGCGGCCAAGAGCAGCAUCGUGUACGGCGUAAGCAAGGGCGUGUCUACGCCGGGGCGCGCGGCAAACAGCUCGUUCACGAACCAGGCGCUGCGCGGGGUGCCGCAGAACUACAACAUCGACCUGCUCAAGAAGUUCGAGCUCGUGACCAAGGAAGACGUGCUGUACGCGCUGCGCAAGUACAUCCUGCCCGUGUUCGACCCCGCGACGUCCGUCGUCGUGUCGGUCACGGCGCCCGGAAAGACGGAGGAGAUCACGCAGGGCCUGACAGCGAUCGGGUACGAGGUGGAGAUGCGGACGGUCGACGUGGGGCGAGAAGGGGAGUUUGAGUCGGACGAGGAGGAGAGCGAUGACGAGGGGAGCAGCACCGGCUCGAGCGAUGAGGCGUGAGACGCAUUGUAGCAUAGCAGUAUCUAUUAUCUUGCUCUAUCAUAAUUUUUGUACGCCGGGAGGUCGACAGCGUAUAUAUAUAUACGAUAACGGUGUCUACUC